GUGGGGAGGAGGGGGGAGUGUAGCAGCGCCGGGAGAGAGCGAGAGCGCGCGGCGUGUCGGAGUGCGUAUCCACGUGCGCUGCGCGGAUGCUGAAUCGUGGCUGUGCGAACAACAACAGCAGCAACAGCAGCAGCUUUAAGGCUUUAGGCAUCAGGCAUGUCCAAUCCGGCUCACGACCCGUUCUACGCCUCUCCGUUCGGGCCCUUCUACCGGAGACACGCGCCGUAUGCCGUGCAGCCCGAGUACCGGAUCUAUGAGCUGAACAAGCGGCUGCAGGCCCGGACUGAGGAGAGCGACAAUCUGUGGUGGGACGCGUUCGCUACUGAGUUCUUUGAAGAGGACGCCACGCUGACCCUCUCCUUCUGCCUCGAGGAUGGACCAAAGAGAUACACGAUCGGCCGGACGCUGAUCCCUCGCUACUUCAGCACGGUGUUUGAGGGAGGAGUGACAGAUCUCUACUACAUCCUCAAACAUUCCAAAGAGUCGUUCCACAACUCCUGCAUCACCGUCGACUGUGACCAAUGCACCAUGGUCACGCAGCACGGCAAGCCCAUGUUCACCAAGGUCUGUACAGAGGGACGUCUGAUUCUGGAGUUUGCCUUCGAUGACCUGAUGCGGAUUAAGACGUGGCACUUCACCAUCAGGCAGUACCGCGAGCUCAUCCCACGCAGCGUCCUCGCUAUGCACGCUCAAGACCCUCAGGUUCUGGAUCAACUCUCCAAAAACAUCACCCGAAUGGGUCUGACUAACUUCACGCUCAACUACCUCAGGCUGUGUGUGAUCCUAGAGCCCAUGCAGGAACUCAUGUCCAGACACAAGACAUACAGCCUCAGCCCCAGAGACUGUCUGAAGACGUGCCUGUUUCAGAAAUGGCAGCGUAUGGUGGCACCUCCAGCAGGACAUCCACAGAACUUUAAAACGGAAAUCUUCCCCACAAAUCACAAGAAAGAACCUACUCGACAGACCACGACAAAGAGGAGGAAGAGGAAGAACUCAGCCAGCAGCACAUCUAACAGCAGCCUCGGCAACAGCACAGGCAGCAAGAAGCGCAGUCCGGCCAACAGCUUCAGCCUGAGCAGCCAGGUACCUGAUGUGAUGGUAGUGGGCGAGCCCACUCUGAUGGGUGGCGAAUUUGGUGACGAGGACGAGCGGCUGAUCACACGGCUGGAGAACACGCAGUAUGACGCCACCAACGGCCUCGACGACGACGAGGACUUCACCAGUUCGCCGGCGCUCAACAACAGCAGCCACUGGGCUAAAGCACCACCGCCGGGCCAGGACAGCAAAACCGAGAGCACUGCUUCACAGGCCUCACAGUAACCAGACCCAGUCCUGUCUUUCUCUCACACUCACUAUCUUUCUCUCUUUGACUUUACUUUCAACCCUGACGAUCUAGUUCCUGUUUAUCUCAUGGCGUCCAUGGCGUCCAAUUUUUCACCACAGACUUUGAUGUGUCCAGCGAUACACAGCACCAAGAAGCUGAACAGGGCCUGGCGAAGGGAAAAGGAUAUUUUCCACACACAGCAGUGAAAAAGAUGCGUAAGAUGUUCAGCUGAUAAACUAUAGGUGGUCAUUGAGGUAGCAAUACAUGUCCAUGGCGACUCCUGUCUGGACUAUAACCAAUCAGUGAAGAGAUAACUGCGGUUAGACGGGCCGUCAUUGGAGAGCCAUCGAGAUCUGAUUCGCGUUUAUUUCAAACUUUUUUUCCUUCUACAUGCUAGUAUGCGGCUUAGGACGUCUCAACUGCUCCUGAAAAAGACAGACGUUGCUGAGGAAGGACAAAUUUCUCCAGCUGUAUAAUUUACACCUGUAGUUUUACCCAAAGGCUAUUUUGUUUUCUGGGUCUAAACGUGUUAUUUUUAAGGAAUGUGAAUAUUCUGUGAUCUCCUUGUACAAUCUCGGAUCGAAGGCACAUACGACAAACAUAUUCCCUCUUUAUCCCUUUAACAAAACUUUUACCAGACUGGACUGGAACUUCUUGCUGCAUGAUAUUUUGAAAUCUGUAAACUGUUUUUUUGUUUAUUCCUCGUUCCAAGGCCACGUUGUGUUCAAUUUAUCGGUUUAGAAAUACCUACAGGGUCGUUCCUCUGUUCCUUGGUUCCUCUGUACAUAUGGAUGCAGUGCUCUGGUGAAGACCACUGAUCCUCAUCCAUGAUGGCAGCUCUUUUGAUUGACCUUCAGAUUGCUUUUUCCACAUUUUUUUCCUAAUGUGCACCUGAGCGAGAAAUGUAAGAAUGCUAAUUCUAAUUUGAGAUUAGCUCAAACGUGCAGUGGGUCUCAACGGCUCUUUUAAUGCUAACACAUCAGACUGCUUCAAGCUGACAGGAAGGAUGAGGCCACUCAAACAAACACUCUUUACAACCUUGGUGAGCAGAAAAGCAUCACAAUACAUCACCUGGUCCUCAGAUCUUCCCAGUUCCUCAGUUCUUGGCUAACAGGAGCUGAUGUGUUCUUCGGUUGUCAGAACUGAUCCACCUCAAGGUUGUCGAACCUUGUUUCUAAGAUGACUUUUACAAUACAGUUGUAAAAAGUGCUUAUUUGAGAUACCGUACCCUUCCCGUUAGCUCAGAUCCAUCUGGCCAUGUCGAAUGCCUCAUGAACAAGGCAUUUCAACUUUUAAUAGCCGGACAGGUUUCGAGGUGUUCCUAUUAAAUUGACCAGUGAGUGUAUAUUUGUUAUUUGUUAUUGAAAACAAUAUACAGUGACAUGAAAUUCAACGUUCAAAAUGAUGAUGAUGAUGAUGAUGAUGAUGAUGAUGAUGAUGAUGAUGAUUGAUAUACCCCAAUGAACACAAUAUUUUUUGCUCUAUUCAUUUGCAUUUUAAUAGUUUUCUUAACUGCCCUUUUUUCCCUUUCAAAGAUUUCCUCCCAAUGUAUUUCCAGUUCCAACCCAAUGGAGUUCUUCUACUCCAAUCUUGUUAGAACUCUGCACUGUUUGUAUCAUAUUUAGCAGAGGUGUUUUUCGUGUCAUAUCCAAAGUCUUGUAUGUAUGCUUUGCGAAUUUGUGUGCCAAUAAAAUGUGCUUAGGCCUAAGGGACAUUCA